AUGUUCGCCCUUUCAUUAAAAGACAUUAAUUUCAUACACCCUCUAUGCAUCUACUUGCGCAUUUUUCUAAUAACCCCAUGGUACGAUUUUGACAAAAACCGCGACUGUGGACUUCAAAUAUCAAAAAUAUAUGGAAUUGUCUUAAUAGUGUCAAAAUUUUACUUCACCGUUCUUUCUGCAGCCGACGACAUUAUGCUAGAAAUUAUAUCCAAAUUUUCGAUUACCCAAACAGUCGUCUAUUAUGGCGCUUUUGUCGCUCUGAUAUCCUUAAACGCACUCACAGCUCUCAAAUCCAGCUUUUUCGACCUACAAAACUGGAAAACUUUGUUCACGAACCUUAAAAUCGUAGACCAAAAACUAGGAAAUGCAGGUGAUCGGGAACGAUGUCUUUGGAACAACUUCUAUUUCGGUUUCGCGGCGAAACAACUAAUUUUUCUUGCUUUAGUAGUGUUUCAAGUGUAUACUUGGUCCUAUAUCACACACUUGUCAGCGUUCAAAAUAUUGUUCAUGACCGGAUUCGUGGAAAUUUUCGGCCAGUUUUUGAUAACCAUCUUAAUAAGCUGUGUACUCCAAGUGCUCAAAAGUAGAUACAAAGAUCUGAACUCCAAACUCUUGGAACUAAGAAACAACGUGAAAGUCCCCCUUGAGAUGAAAAAUCUAGCCCGAAGUUAUCGAAUUUUGGGCGAAUGCGUCCACAUUGUCAACAGUUUGUUCGGUUAUCAAAUUAUUUUGAUAAUGUUUCAUUUUGGUGUGGAGAUCGUCCAUGGGUUAAAUUUUAUUAUUGUAUCGUUCGACACUCCCGUGGAGGAGCGUUUCUAUGGGCGAUUUUUGGUGGCUAGUGUGUGUGUUUUCAUACUAAUGACGUAUAACUUGUUCACAAUUCUAAAUCCAAUAUAUUCUGCUACACAAGAAGGCAAACGAUUUGUCGAUUUGUGCUAUAAAUUGCAAGAAGAGGCCCCAGAAGGGAGCUGUGAAGGAAAGAGUUUGUUGAAAUGGGCAAACAUUAGUCAGCGGUACGUUCCAGACUUUAGUGCCGCAGGUUUUUUCGACAUUGAUAAGUCACUUAUUUUUGCUUUCGCUGGAAACGUGGCAACGUAUUUCAUUAUUACAAUUCAGUUAAACGAAAGUGAAUAUUUAAGAACGCACAAAGAAUGA